GACGGCCAAGACCGUGAACCGGUUAACUGCUAAGAAAGUAGUUAAAGUGUAGUAACUUUAAGGUGCACGAUCUGGCCCAUCUUGGGCUAAUAAUUCCAUUCAGAAUUCGUUAAUUUAAUUUUGGUGGAAACUUUAAGCAGAAGUACUCAACGAUAGGUUAUAAGCACAGCUUGUCUUUGUUUUGAUCUGAAGGAAAAUGUCAAAACGAAACAACAUAUCAAAAACAUUGUCAUUGGCAGAAGAAAUUACAAGAGAAAAUCGUAACAAAAAGAUUCUGUUGCAAAAUAAGAAAAGUGCGUAUAGUUUUGAUAGUUUUUUGUACACUUUAAUUCAGCUUAAGAAAGGCAAAGCAUCGUCAACAAUGAAUGACGCAAAAGUGAGCGUCAGCUUUUCCUGCCAGCGCUGUCUGCAGCCUAUCCAUGUCGAUGAUACAUUUGCCAGCCUUGGUGAGCAUACGCUGGCGGAGCUUGCACUACCGAUAAAUUCUCACCUGGAGAUUGACCUGGAAUCGCAAUCAGCCAGCUUCGAUCACUUUGUGCCACCUUUUCGUGUGACCGAAUCGACGAACGACACGAAUGGAUUCAUGCUACUGUCCGACGGUCCAGACAAAGAAUCGCUCGGACACAGUUUGCGCGUUAAGGCGGAGCUGUUUGAUGCCCUGUCGAACAAUUCGGAAAUAGAUCAUCCACUUUGCGACGAGUGCACCGAUACGCUGUUGGAGUUGAUGGACAAGCAGCUCAAAAUUGCCGAAGACGAAUGGAACGAUUAUAACAACUACCUGAAAAAGUUAGAAAUGACGGACGAUGUGCCAAACAUUGAAGAGCUAGAGCAGGAACUGGCAGGGCUGAAGGUGGAUGAAACGCGUCUGCUCGAGGAGUUAAGUAAUCUCUCACGCGAGGAGCAAUCUAUACGGCAAGCAGUCGAGGAACAGGAGAAGGAAAAGCAAAGGCUCGAACGUGAAGAAAACAAAUACUGGCGUGAAUAUACCAAGCAUCGCCGAGACGUAAUAACCACUGAGGACGAGUUUCGUUCGCUCGAAUGUCAGAUGGCGUACGCUCAGAGCCAGCUGGAAAAGUUGAAGAAAACGAACGUAUUCAACGCUACCUUCCACAUUUGGCACUCGGGACACUUUGGUACGAUAAACAACUUUCGCCUUGGGCGGCUUCCAUCGGCACCGGUCGAUUGGUCGGAAAUCAAUGCUGCCUGGGGUCAAACCUGUCUGUUGCUGUCUGCACUAGCGCGCAAGCUGAACUUCAACUUUAAGCAGUACCGGCUGGUGCCAUACGGUAAUCAUUCCUACGUAGAGGUGCUAGGCGAAGGCAAAGAGUUACCACUGUAUGGCAACGGAGGUUUCCGUUUUCUGUGGGACUCCAAGUACGAUGCGGCAAUGGUCGCAUUUCUGGAUUGCUUACAACAAUUUAAGGAAGAAAUCGUCCGAAGGGAUCCUGAUUUUUGCUUACCAUACUUGAUGGAGAAAGGCAAAAUCGAAGACGCGUCGACGGGAAGCAGCUUUUCUAUCAAAAUUCAAUUCAACUCCGAGGAGCAAUGGACCAAAGCGUUGAAAUAUUUGUUGACGAAUCUGAAAUGGGUACUCACGUGGGUAUCGUCCCAGUUCACCGAGGACAAACGGUAGAAUUUAAACACCCCUGAACUUGAGCAACUGCUGAGCAAAUUGCAGAAGUGUCGUGAUAUUAUUGCGUUCGUAAGAAGAUGUAGUACGCAUAGUUUAUGCAGAAUACAUUCGCUAUGUAUUAUAUAACUCUUUGUUGCGUUGCCACUGAAUAAAAUAAAGUAUAAAUUAUAGUUUCAUUAAAA